AUGUUCACGGCCUUUGCUAUGAGUCUAUAUGCCUUCCGCACCCGGGACGCUAUAUUCACCACCGACUCCGACACCCUUGUUCAAAGCAACGGCCUGGAUGAGAUGCUGACCCUCCUCCGCUCCUCACCCCAGAUCGGCGGUGUGACAGCAGACGUUAAGAUCUGGAACCGCGCUGAGUCACUGCUCGCCCGCAUGUGCGCUGCUCGUUACUGGUUUGCUUUCAACAUCGAGCGCGCUUGUCAGUCACUGUGGCGCUGCGUCGGUUGUCUCUCGGGUCCCAUGAGUAUGUACCGCGCCUCUGACCUCGAGACCAUCCUCGGCCCAUGGAACUUGCAGACGUUUGGAGGCAAAGAGACCACCUUUGGAGAUGACCGACACCUGACCAACCAACUGCUUGCUCAUGGUCUCAGGACACGCUACACGCACCGAACCUGGUGUGAUAGCGAAUCUCCUACUUCCUUUGUGCGAUGGGUUGCUCAGCAGACUCGAUGGAGCAAGUCCUUCUUCCGAGAGUCCUUUUGGUUCCCCGCCAGUUUUGCCUACCAAUCCCCUUGGAUGCUUGUCGAGAUGACAGUUCAGGCCUUGUAUCCAUUCAUCCUGAUCGCCACUGUCCUCCACUUCCUCUUCGACACUUCCGACUCCAGCCCAUGGCGACCUAUCAUCUGGCUGGUCACCAUGUUCGGGGUUGCCCUCUUCAAGUCCGUUCUGGCCGUACUCAUUAGCAAAGAUCCUUGGCUGCUCCUCUUCAGUGCGUAUGGCUUCAUCUACUUCUUCGGUUUGUUGCCGUCCAAAAUCUAUGCUCUCAUCACUAUGAACCAGACCGGCUGGGGAACAUCAGCUCGCUCUUUGUCUGAGCGCAAGCGCGGACAGUCCUUCUUACAAAGGUCAUUCCAUAUCUGCCAUUUGGUUAUCUGGUACACAGCGGUCUUUGUUGGUAUUGGCUUCUUCGUCUGGAGAGUCUUUGGUAACCCCCUCUAUAUCCUAAUCGGUGCCGUCGCCUUGAUUCCAUCGGCUUUACUCUACUGGCAAGGCUCCUUUUCACUGGGUGGCUUAUUCCGACGGAAGAAGGUUGCUUCUGAGACCAGCACUCCCAUCCAGGUAGAUGAUGAGUCGAUGCUUCCUCAAAAGCCUGAGAAAGCUUUAUCUAUCUCGUCAAAAAGGAGCUCCAACACACUUGUCAAGAAGACAACUAUUGUGUCUGUCAAGGACGUGACAGAUGAAGUUGAAAAGCCGGUAAAUACUGCCAGGGCCGCUUAAUAAAAACCUUAUAUUCUCUACCUUACUGGAUAGGGGAGGGCCAAUAAAU